AUGUUUUCUAUACGUGUCGGAGAUCUGUCCGAUAGCGACGAGCUCUACCAAAGAACGCUUGAACUUCUAGAAUACCAUGGAGUUCCAGGCGACCAAACACAGAUGUCCCGUUCAGCCUUCUUGCAGCUUCAAAAGGAGGACUUCCUGCAAAUCCUGGUGCUGACAUGUAUAGAUCCUGCCCAUGAGGCUUCUCCCAAGCUGGUUGGUUACGCCUCCUUCAUACCGGAAUUCGACAUGCUCUUUGGUGGCCACGGUCUCCUGCUGGACCAUUUCUUCAUCCAGGAGGCCUAUCGCAGCAAGGGACAGGGCAGGCGUCUGUUGAAGGCCGUCUGUGAAGCCGCCCAGUUCCAGCAAGCUAAGUAUCUGAAGCUCUACUUCAAGGAUGGACUGCGGUUGGACAAAUUCUACGAACACUUUGGUUUCCGAAAUCUCACAAAAUCGCCCCCAAACAUGCACUACUUCGAGAUCUACGGCCACAAGGAGAUACAGCGCUGUCUGCGCAUCAAGAUGAAGAAGGUGGUCAGUAAUGUCUGUAGGAAAUCAAGACUGGAAAAGGGGGCGGACCUGGGUGAAGGGAAUCUGGCCUGGCAGUUUGCCCUACCACUGCGCUUGCAGGAUGAUGAGGAGUGUUCCCGGCCCUGUUACCUCCUUUCCUUCAAACUGCCCCAUCCUCUCGACAAGGGAACUCACAGUCCACCAGUGGGAGACCUAAUUAUCCUUCUGCGAGCUCCCUGUGAUUCAAGAAUGACAACUCUGGAGGACCUUCUAGACGCUGUGAACUUGCCCAUUCAUAGUGGACCUGAAGUUCUUUGGGACAGGGUUGCCAAGUCGAAACUCUACCUUCUCAACGGUGUUAGGUGUUGCGCCUUUGUUGAAAAGCCCUCCUUUUGUGGAUGGUUGGGGAAGAUGGUAACUUUCUGCGAUUUCGUCGGGGACUUGAGUAUCCUUUGUGAGGAGGUGUUUGUAGACCGAGUGAAGCACUGGGCGUUGCACUGGUCUGAGCUGAUGGGGGUCAACUUUGAAGUGCCAGUCCCCGAUCCGGGGAGUCCCGACUGCACCAACCACACAUAUCGCCCCUUGCUGAAGAUUUUGCGGAACCUCCGAGUGCCAGACAGUUCCCAGCGCGACGGCUGGAAUGCAGCCCUGCUAGAUGAGGAGUAUAUGCAGGCGAUAUUAGCAUCGUGA